CUGCACACUUAAUAAAUUAUUUACCUUUAUUAAUUAAGAAUAAUCUUUUAUUAACUUUUAAGCGCUUUUUAUUAAAUUAAUAAAUUCUAAUAUGUAUGUAUGUAUGCUCCAACAUAUUUUAUUUUAUUAUUAAUUAUAGUCUAUCUUUUAUAGGAAUAGCACAACUACAAAAUGGACGAUGGAUAUGUCCAAAUAGUUAUUGUGGUAGAACAUAUAAAAAGAAGUUCUCAUUGUAUCGCCAUUGUCGACAAGAGUGUGGUGUUGAACCUCAAUAUCAGUGUUUGUAUUUUUGUCCAAUCAGUGGAAGAUAUAUAUGUCCAAAUACAUGUGGUCGAAGUUACAAAGAAAGGCACAAUCUUAUUAGACAUUUAAGAAAAGAAUGUGGUGUUGCUCCUCAACAUAAAUGCAUCCAAUGCUCAAAAGCUUUUAAGCAUAAAGCACAUUUAACUAGACAUUUAUUAUCCUGCUCUAAUAUUCCUCCAAGUUUCGAAUGUAUAUUUUGUGGGAGGAUGUUCAGAUGUAGAGAUACAUUGAAAAAACAUAAUAUAUUGGUUCAUAAUAAUUUACUUGAAUAAUUUACUGAAUAACUUGUAUACUAUUGUUAUUAUUAAAACCAGUUAAAUCAUGAUUGUUUAUAUUAUAAUUAAAAUAUAUAUGUAAUAAACAGAAUUUUCAUUUAAAA